AUGGCUUGUGCCUCCAAAGCAUUGAUAAAGGGUUCAUUAUUAUUCGGUAUUGGAAGCCAGUUAAAUAUCCUGUCUAGCAAAUUACCUGUUAUUGCCAUUUGCGGAGCUACAGGCACUGGUAAAUCAAAAUUGGCUAUUGAAUUAGCUCGCCAACUUAACAGUGAAGUUAUCAACGUCGAUGCUGUUCAGCUCUAUAGGGGUCUUGAUAUUGCCACGAAUAAGGUAGUGCCUGAGGAAACUGAAGGCAUUGUUCAUCACUUGCUAGGCUGUCUGGAUCCUAUUGAUGGUUUUUACUACAAUGUACACCAUUAUAGACGGGAUUGUUGCCGUUUGAUAGAAUUUCUUCGAGCACAAAACAAAGCUCCAAUCCUUGUAGGUGGCACACACUACUAUUUGGAGGCUGUCCUCUGGCGUGAUUUUCUCCGAAUUAGUGACGGACACCAGGAUCGUAUGGAAUUUCAUUCAGAAUCUGAUUCCAAAGUACCAAAUCGUUCUUGGCCGCCAGAAUUACUUGCUCAGCUGCCGCCUGAUCCGAAGGAUUACUAUGCUACUUUAAUGAAUUUGGAUCCGGUGUCCGCGUUGCGUCAUCACCCAAAUGAUACUAGAAAGCUUCAGCAGGCAAUUUUGACUCAUUUUAUGUGCAAGAAUAUUGAUUCUGCUUCCCCGAAAAAAGCUUCGAUAUCAUCCUCUCGUCGGAGUGAGCAUCCCAGAUAUCCUCCUCCCGAAAGUUUAAUCUUUUGGCUUGAUGCUGAUUCUGGAGUGCUUAAGCCGAAAUUGGAUGAACGAGUAUCCGAAAUGGUCAGUAGAGGUCUAGUUCGUGAGUUGGAUGAUUUUUUGACGAUGGCUGCAAAAUCCUUUCUACCAAAUCAAUCUGCAGUUAAUUCAGAUUCAAGUGUUUCUACUGAAGAGAAAAAGGCGGUAUUUCAGCUAGCCAAUGCUGGUCUUCUGCCUUCAACUGGUACUGAACAUUGGUGUCGAGGUGUUCUGCAGAGUAUUGGGUUUAAAGAAUUUGAAGAGUAUUUGCAGCUCUCUCCAGCCGAAAGGGAUUCUAAACACGGACAAGCUAUGUUGGAUGAAGCAAUUGAAAGAAUGAAAAAUGCCACAAAACGAUAUUCCAAACGUCAGGUUGGAUGGAUCAAUAAUCGAUUUAUUCGUCGACCUGCUACGGGCGGUAUUCCCGUUUACCGAAUAGAUGUAACUCCCAUCCUCACUGCUUCAACUUCUGAAAUGGCCGAUUCCCUUUGGACAAGUUGUGUUCUUGAACCCUGUCUAGCGACACUUCGUGGAGAGUGCAGCCCUCCUGCUCUUUCUCCUGAGCCUUUCGUUGAACCUAACCCUGAGCCCUCAUCUGAUUCCUCUUCUAUUCCCCCUCCACCCUAUAUUUGCGCCUCGUGUAAUGGAGCCAUCUUUGUGAAUUACUCCCAAUUUCAAGAUCAUCUUAGUAGUCGUUCGCAUAAAAAGCGUCUAUCUUCGUUAAAGAAGCGGGCGACUAAUGCAAACAGCAUCUCAUCUUUCAAUAAACCAAUUGAAUAA